CUCUCUCUUCGACCGGUGGAGCGUGGAGGGAUAAUCCCAAGGAAAAUUCGAGAAAGGGCCUUUCCCUUUUCUCAAUUCCCCUCCUCUUCACAAGGACACUAUAUCUCUAUCUACUGCUGUAGAUUGUUCUUGAUUUUGCAUUUUUUUUCUCUUUUAGACGAGAUAUGGAUAUGGAUUCGACUGUUUUGGAGCACAAGGCUGACGGGGAUCAACCGCCGCCUUACGCUUCCAUGGUGGAUCCUUUUCUCGUCGAGGCGCUUCAGAAUCCUCGCCAUCGUCUUACUAUUUUGCGGAUGGAACUCGAUAUACAGAAGUUCUUGCAAAACAGUGAUCUACAGCAGUUCGAGUUUCCUCACUUCCCGACUUCAUACCUUCGUCUUGCCGCCCACCGUGUUGCUCAACACUAUGGUGUGCAAACCAUGGUUCAGGAAAAUGUUUCGGAUGGCCAAGGAAUCAGAAUUUUGGUUAUAAAGAAGCCAGAGUCCAAGUUCCCUGCAGUCUGCUUGUCAGAUGUUCCUGCAAAAGAGUCGGAAAAUGAUAAACUUGAUCAGAUCAAGAUUGUCAUUAGACCAAGGCCUAAAGCUUCCUCUAAUGACCUCAAUGAACUUGGCCAUAAAUGCAAUCCAGUAAGAACUGUGGAAGAGAGGAAGGAAGAGUAUGACAGAGCAAGAGCUCGUAUUUUCAGCAGCCCUAGUAAUUCUGAAGCAGAAGAGGCAUUGCCUUGGGCUGCUUCAGAUGGGACGAACACCGCUGUUGAUGACACUGAAGUUUCAAGAGACUUGGGUUUGGAUUGGGAAAGAAGGAACUGCAGCAUGGAAGGUGGAAAUUUUUCGAGAGUUGCAAUUUUUAGAGAUAGGGAGAAGGACCGCAUUGAUCCUGAUUAUGAUCGCAGUUAUGACAGAUGCAGAUACGUCAAGAGCAUCCCCACUGGUCAGAGUUUCAGGAUGGCACCUUUUAGUUUGCAAAGUUUUCAGCCUCCAUUUGUCCAGUAUGACUCUGUCUUCCCACAGAUGGGUCAGAUGCCGCCUCCUCAAGCUUCCCUCAACUACAGGAUCCCAGUGAUGAGCCCUUAUUGUGCCGUAGGAUCAAGUCAGAAUUCUAGGGAUGCAUUGUAUAUGCCCUUUCCAAUGCAUACCAUGAUGUAUGCUCAGUCAUAUGAUCAAAUGCGGCAUGCCUCUUUUCAGGCCCCCUUCUGUCAGCAGCCUCUAAGUUUUGAUUACUCCCAGAACCAUCGAUAACAGUUGAAACUGGGAGAUUCAUGUAUUCUCUGGGGUGUCCAACUUUAGGUUUGUUUGUUUUUGUUAAAGACAGUUGAAAUUAGAUCCUAUAAUUUUGUAUUUUGAUUGUUAAAGUGGUCACAAGCUGGACUUGUUAUUUGUUAAAUUAUAUAGGGAAAAUUUUACAGACCCA